AUGUCUAUUCCACCUCAACUCAUCCGCGUGAAGCGCAAGCGCGACGACGAGUCUCCCGUGACUUUCCUCCAGUUCGAUGAGGGUGCGAAACGCCAUAGAAACGACAGCAAUUGGGUCUAUCAGAGACGACACCCCGGACCUCAGUCUCCAACAACAGAAGUUCCCAGUCCAUCUUACCGUGAUGCGAAACCAGUUAUUCAUGUCUGCGGUCCUGGAAAUGAUGCGCCCGAAGCAAAGAAAAAUGACACUCCCGCCGUGGGUGUCGCACCAACCUCAACCUCAGACCCAAAAGCAGUAGACCCGGCCAACAUCCCCGAACACAGACGUUUCCAUAUCUCAAGAAAGAUGAUGAUGGCUUCAGGUGCGGUGCAAACCCCUGGUACUGGCGUCAACAAGCGACCGCGCUACGGGCCUGCUGUCUUCGUUGAACGAAGUCGUGCCAAGGCCAGUCAACGAGCAUCGAAAGUCCGAGAGUCUAUCAAAGAAUCAGUAUCACUGCCUGCUGGUCAGCAGAUCCCAGGCAUAACUAUGUCCGCAGGCAAUACAUCUGAGACCAAGCCCUCGGACGAACAACCGCAACAAGAGCGACGCUUGAAGAAACCAGCAGCGAGGAGCAGGCAGCCUUCUCCCUUACCAGAUGCCAACUCUCGAACUCCUCUACCAACCUCAAUUUUGAAUCCUCAUAACCAGGAUAUGUCCAGGAUGGCGGCUGACAUGAACGACUGGGUUAUGAAAGAGAUCGGCGCCAACCUCCAGGAGAUGGAACAGGAAAAGCAAAGGACAACCAGAUUUAAGCCCAAGGCUCCAGCCAAGAGAUACCAAGAGCGUCACCCAGAAGCGGCCACUAGCAAUACAGAAUCCAACGACGUGGACAUGACCACGGGCGAUACGAGCGACAUGGAGGAUGACGACGACUGGGUCAUCGAGGAGUACGUUCGUAUCCCUGCGCAUGCCAUGACAGUCAACGUGGCACCAACGGAUGUCGGUGUGCUGGUACUCGAUGGCAAGGAAGAGAGUAAUUUAUUCUUCGGACCUGACCGAGACGAAGAUGAAGAACUCGAUGAGGACGAGGAGGAUGAAAAUGCUGAAAACUAUUACACGGCAGAUUACCCAGAGGAUGAGGUGGAGUCAGAUGAUGAAUAUGGGCGCCAUCCGUAUGGUUAUCGCAACGGCAAUGCCUCCGAUGAUGAGGAGUUUGACAACAUAUACUACGACGAGAGCGACAAUGACAUGGUCCUUGACGGAGACAACGACGACGAUACCACCAUGGCUCGUAUAAGGACCUAUAUGAAACGAAGCCGUGCUUUUCAGUAG